UUCACGAAUGUCCUCACUGAUACCCAAGGUUUCAUUGCUCGCGAUGAUACGCGCAAGGAGAUAGUCGUUGCCUUGCGAGGCAGCUCGUCGGUGACGGAUUUCGUGACUGAUGCUCAGAUCCUGCUUGAGAAUUUCCAGUCUAACGGCACUUCUCCUCCUGCUGGUACAACCGCUCAUUCCGGGUUUCUCAACGCCUGGAACUCCGUCGCUUCGAAGGUUGUCUCCGUCGUCCGAUCCCAGCUUGCUUCUCAUCCUGGAUACACAAUUGUGACGUCCGGGCAUUCACUUGGGGGAUCACUGUCCUCUCUCGCAGGCAUCACACUACAACAGAACUUCCCCUCUUCACCCAUUCGGACGUAUACGUAUGGCCAACCGCGUACAGGCAACGACAAGUAUGCGUUUUGGGUGAAUGAUAUAUUUGGCGCAAAUGCCUUCAGAGUCGUUCAUACAACUGACGGGGUGCCAACUAUGAUCCCGACCGUACUCGGGUACCGUCACCACGGCGUCGAGUAUUGGCUGACACAGGACCCUGCAUCAGCCACGAUCACUAAACAAUGUGCCGCAGAUGGCGAAGAUCCAACAUGCUCUGCAUCAGUACCCAGCCAAGGCAUCGAUGUUGCUCACACUCUGUAUUUCGAUAUUCUCGCAUUGACGCCGUUUUGCUCUUGA